AUGUCCGCCAUCGCCCGCCCCCUGUUUUCGCUGCGACCGCGCCUCACCUCCGCCCUCGCCUUCGCCCCGGCGGCCGUUGCCGUCGGCGGCUUCCCUGUCCUCGGCCGCCUUGCUGCCGGUGUCAUGGGCGGUCUGUCGUCCCUUCUCGAGCUCCUUCCCCCGAUCGUCCUCGCUGUCCCCAAGCGCAAGGUUACGCACUCCAGGAAAAGCAUGCGAAGUGCUAACAAGCACCCGAAGAACAAGACCAAGCAUACGACGUAG